AAUGGGAAAAAUCAACAUGAAAGGGGAAGAAACUCGGCAGCGUCGGAAAGAAGGUCGGACCAGGAAUGGAGAGCGAUCCAGGCAGAAAGCAAAGAGCAAGAGUAAACACAAAGAGAGCAAACUUGGCAGCCAGAGCACAGAGGAUGGCCCUUUGCUCCUGCCUCAGAAGCAGCCUCCCGAGGCAAAAGUGGCCAUGGCAAAACUGCAGGAGGAAUCGGCCUUGGCGAUUGGCCUCCAGGUGCUCCUGCCUUACCUGCUGGCAGGCAUGGGCAUGGUCCUGGCAGGCAUGGUCUUGGAUUAUAUUCAGCACUGGAAAGUGUUUAUAAAAAUCAGAGAAAUGUUUAUUUUGAUUCCAGCCCUGAUUGGUUUGAAAGGCAAUCUUGAAAUGACCUUGGCAUCUAGACUUUCUACAGCUGCUAAUACUGGCCGGAUGGAUAAUACACAGGAAAAAUGGAAAAUGGCUAUUUGCAAUAUGGCCUUGAUUCAGGUACAAGCCACUGUGAUAGGUCUUCUGGCAGCUGUAGCAGCAAUCCUUCUAGGGGCACUCUCUAAUGGGUAUUUGGAGCUGAACCAUGCCAUUGUGUUGUGUGCCAGCAGCCUGACAACAGCAUUUGUAGCUGCCUUUUUCCUUGGAUUGUUGAUGAUUGGUGUAAUCAUUGGAGCAAGAAAGAUUGGGAUAAAUCCAGAUAAUGUUGCUACUCCUAUAGCUGCAAGCCUUGGAGAUUUGAUUACUCUUAGUCUGCUGGCUGGAAUUAGCAGUGUUCUCUUCAGAUAUAUAGAUGUAACAUAUCUGUCCCCUAUGGUCUGUACCAUUUUCAUUGUUUUGAUUCCUUUGUGGAUUGCUAUUGCCCGGCAGAGUCCUCCCAUUGCUGAAGUCUUGAAGACUGGAUGGCAGCCAAUUAUAAUCGCAAUGAUCAUCAGCAGCCUUGGUGGAGUGAUUUUGGACAAAACUGUAACACAACCAAAAUUUGAAGGCAUUGCUGUUUUCGUUCCAGUGAUCAACGGUGUUGGUGGCAAUUUGGUGGCUAUCCAGGCCAGUCGCAUCUCCACAUUUCUGCAUUUCUGGAGCAUGCCUGGAGUCCUGCCACACAAAAUGACGCAGCAUUGGCCUAAUCCGUGUACCACCUUCUUCGCUUCAGGUAUCAAUUCUAAAUCAGCUCGUGUCCUGAUCUUGCUAGUGAUCCCAGGACACCUGGUGUUCCUCUAUGCUAUACAUCUCUUUGAGGGAGGCCACACAGUAAUCACAUUCACUUUUGUGGCGUUUUAUCUGACAGCUGCUGUCCUGCAGGUGGGAAUUCUGCUCUACGUGGCUGACAUCAUUGUGCGACUAAUGUGGAGAAAGGGUCUGGAUCCUGACAAUUAUUCCAUUCCCUACCUCACUGCCCUAGGAGAUCUCCUGGGCACUGGCUUCCUGGCCGUUUGCUUCUACUUGCUUUGGCUGCUCAGCGGUUUGGAGCCAAAACUAGGGAACUAAAAUGUUUCAGCCAUAGUGUCAAACUGCCUGCGAAUCUCUCACAAUCUUCAACAGGAUACUGAAAAGAGGGCAUCCGGGUUCCUAAACUGGAAUGGAUUGUCCUCCCUUUUCAUCUCAACACUGCAUAGCUGAAAGUUGGAAAAGAGCUACAAAUGACGUCACAUAAUCAUGUAUCACAGCUUUUGAAGUGUCAGCAAGGAAAGGAUUGUGAAGCACUCUGAUCAGUUUUUCAACCAGUCAAGGAAUCUUACUACAAUGGCUUGGUUUGAACAGUCUGUGGAUGCUACCAGAAAGCUAACCCCUCUUUUCAGUAGGGUUGAGCUUGUGUCCUUGAUGAGAUGCCAUGUUGUCUCCGCUACCCUUCAAAGAAGGCAUUUUGCUUUCUGUCUGCUAUGUGUUCCCACAAAGAAAGAGGGAAAAUUAUGUCCAGGACUGUUUUCACUGAAUCCCUAAACAUAAAAAGAGAAACAAAGUGCAAACUCUGCUUCAUGACACCUCAUGCAUUGUGGCAACCUGCUCAGCGAAAAUUACUUUGCAUUAAAAUUUUUAAUCUGUC